GUCCCAACCCUCUAUCUUAAAAAAACAACGAAGUUAUGGUGCACUGCAAAUCGUAUCCUGGUAUUCCCGCACGCCACCAAAACAUUGAUAUUGUCCUCAUCCGCCAAAACACCGAUGGCGAGUACGCUAUGCUGGAGCAUGAGUCCGUCAAGGGAGUGGUGGAGAGCAUGAAGGUGGUCACCGUGGAGAACGCUGAGCGUGUGGCUCGGUAUGCCUUUGAAUACGCCCGCCAGAACAACCGCAAGAAGGUGACCACCAUUCACAAGGCGAACAUCAUGAAGCUGUCCGAUGGUCUCUUCCUCGAAGUGGCGAACCGCGUUCACAAAGACUAUCCCGAGCUGGAGCACAACAACAUGAUUAUCGACAACACCUGCAUGCAGGCCGUGUCGAAUCCCCAUCAAUUCGAUGUGAUGAACAUGACCAACCUGUACGGCACCAUUGUGUCCAACGUCAUCUGUGGUCUGAUCGGCGGAGCUGGUCUCAUUUCAGGAAGGAAUUACGGUGAUCAUUACGCCAUCUUCGAGCCAGGCACCCGAAACACAGGCACCGCCAUCGCUGGAAAGAACAUCGCCAAUCCCGUAGCCAUGAUCAGCGCCAGUAUCGACAUGCUGAACCAUCUUGGCCACAAGGAGCACGCCAAGGUUAUUCAAGAUGCCACCUACCAGACCAUCGUCGAAGAUGCCAUUCGUACACCUGAUCUGGGCGGUAACCACUCCAGCACUGAUGUUGUUGAGAACAUACUCAAAAUCCUGAGUGCCAAGCGCGUGAAUUGAUCUACUUGCCGGUCCCGCUCUAAUUUUCUGCACACUGACUUUUUUUCUUAACUGAGCUCCAUUUCUACUUCCUCUACUCUAUUUUACUAUCCUAAGAUAAAAGAAAACAUGUAUAACAGAAAGAACACAGUCGAAACAAUUAUUUUCCCCACAAUUCGACCAAAGCGAUAUUAAUUUGUAACUUAAUUCUUUUAAAAAUUGUAAUAUUGAGAAGCAAAUUCAAACAAAAUGUAUUAUUCUGUUCGAAUAUUUAUUAGUAAAAGAGACAAUUAAACAAAGA